AUGGAGACCCAGUGGAUCCUGUUCAACUCCACGAGGCUCCGGCCUUACGCCCUCCUGUGUCCGUUACGGUCCGCGGCUCAGUGUCCGGUCGCUCCGGCCUUGCACCUGCUCGACCGUGUGAUCACUGACGAUCUGGGGCCAGAGCGGGUUCGGCCGUCCAACCUAGCUCUCGUUCAAAGCCCAGUAGCCAUAUGUGCACUUUGGUGCAACCCCUAUGACGUAAUCAACGGAAGCGUUCACAUCCCUGAGAGCCACCUCGACACGUUUAGGCUGUUGGAGGAGAAGCCGCUUCCUCCGAUCGCGGACAAGUUUGGUUGGUGCACCUGGGAUGCGUUUUAUCUGACGGUCGACCCCCUCGGAGUCUGGCAUGGGGUCAAGGAGUUCUACGACGGUGGGUUUUCGCUGCGGUUUCUUGUGAUAGACGAUGGAUGGCAGAGCGUCGGUUUCGACGGAGGAAGGAAGGAGAGUCUUGUGAUCGGUGGCCAACAGAUGACCGCGAGGUUAUACCGAUUCGAGGAGUGUGGUAAGUUCAGAAGAUACAAGGCUAGGAGUUUUCUCGGCCCGAAUUGUCCUAGUUAUGAUCAAAAUAGAACCAAGCUCCUUAUCUCCAAACAAUGUGAGAUAGAAAAAUUUGAGAAAGCAAGAUACAGGGCGAUGCGGGCUGGAAAUAGUGAUGAGGUAGUAAUCCUUGACGCCAAAAUAGCACGUCUGAAGAGAGAAGUCGAUGAGUCGUUUGAUGAGAGCAAUGAUGAUGAGGAUGAUGAGGCUGACGCCGAAGUUGGGUUUAAGGCCUUUACUAGAGAUUUGAGGGAGAGGUUCAAGGGGCUGGAUGAUAUUUAUGCCUGGCAAGCUCUUUGUGGAGCUUGGGGAGGAGUCGCGCCCGGGUCAACUCAGUUUGAUUCGAGAAUUAUACCUGUGAAAUUGUCCCCGGGAUUGGAUAACACGAUGGAGGAUCUUGCGGUGGUGAAGAUUGUUGAGGGUGGCAUUGGCCUGGUUCAUCCUGAUCAAAUUGCGGAUUUUUAUGACGCGAUGCACUCUUAUCUCUCAAGUGUUGGGAUCACAGGAGCCAAAGUUGACGUUAUACACACGCUCGAAUAUGUUUGCGAGGAAUUUGGAGGUCGAGUGAACCUGGCGAAGGCCUAUUAUGAUGGCUUGACUAAGUCCCUUGUCAAGAAUUUCAAUGGAACAGGAAUGAUAUCUAGCAUGCAGCAAUGCAAUGACUUCUUUUUCCUUGGGACUUCACAGAUAUCUUUUGGGAGGGCAGGGGACGACUUCUGGUUCCAGGACCCAAGCGGCGAUCCAUCAGGAGUUUACUGGUUGCAGGGAGUUCAUAUGGUCCAUUGCGCGUACAACAGUCUGUGGAUGGGCCAAAUUAUACAGCCAGAUUGGGACAUGUUUCAGUCCGAUCACUGUUGUGCUAAGUUCCACGCAGGAUCCAGGGCUAUUUGCGGUGGACCGAUUUAUCUCAGUGAUUCUGUUGGUUGCCAUGAUUUCGCCCUCGUCGAUCAGCUUGUGUUUCCUGAUGGUACUAUACCCAAGUGCAUCCAUUUUGCGCUUCCGACGAGAGAUUGCCUGUUUAAGAAUCCUCUGUUUGAUGGAGAGACCAUUCUCAAGAUUUGGAAUUUGAACAAGUAUGGAGGUGUCAUUGGAGCUUUCAACUGCCAAGGAGCAGGCUGGGACACAAAGGAGCACAAAAUAAGAGGCUACUCACAAUUCUACAAACCAGUCUCAGGUUCUGUACACGUCAAGGACAUAGAAUGGGACCAGAAGAAGGAGACAUCUAAAAUCAGCGAAGCACAACAGUACGCGGUCUAUCUCAACCAAGCCGAGAAACUAAUUCUGACGACGCAACAACCCGACGCAAUCGAAAUCACCAUCCAGCCAUCUUCAUUCGAGAUCCUCAGCUUCGUGCCGAUGACAACGAUCAGUGGUUGCAAUGUGAAGUUUUCGCCUGUCGGUUUAACGAACAUGUUCAAUAGCGGGGGGGCUAUUGUUAACGUGGAGUAUGUUGAGGUUGAGGUGAAGGUUAAGGUGAAGGGUAGAGGGAGGUUCUUGGCUUACUCUAGCGUGAAGCCUAAGAGGGUUUGUUUGAAUGGAUCUGAUGUGAAGUUCGAAUGGUUGUUUGAUGGGGGGUUGAUGGUAGAAGUUCAUUGGCGGGAAGAGAGUGGGGGUGUUUCUGAGAUUGUGUUUGAGUAUUGA